AUAAACAGGAAAUACAAGAACUUUGUUACAAACGGAAAGACAAGUGAACUUCCAGUUUUCUAGUAAUGUUGAAAUCAUACUGACUUAAGUCUACCCGCACCACUUAGCAACGCUACCUAAGUGGUUAACACACUAUAGCUGUACCCCUCGGACACAAAAUUUACUGCUGGUGCCCUAGUUUUAAAUAAUAUACAGCAUGAGAGGCUUCCUCCGGCUGUUAUAACACGAUGCAACAAAAAGUGAAACUUUGCAGCCAUCUGCGGAAACGCCCUUGAACUGCCAGCGCCACAGAAUGGGCAGCGCCUGAGUGGGAGAUCGAAACUCCGCUACUGCCAAAGGAAUCGGUAAAAGCCCGUGCCUGAAAAAUGUCAGGGCCUGAAAAAUUCCAUGAUGUGCCAGCAGAGAAGAUUAUAAACUUGACCCAUAUCAACUCUGGGGGCUUUGGAGAUGUAUUCAAAGGAGAUCAUGUGGAUUGGGGGAUUACAGUGGCUGUUAAGCUCCUUCGGGAUCCAACAGGACAAACCGUGAACCGUGAGCUUGUCAAGGAGGUGAGGGUGAUGCAUCAUGCAAGAUUUGAUUACAUUGAACGGCUUUAUGGCAUAUACAAGAAACAAACAAACGGAGUUACUUACCUGGGAAUUGUUAUGGAGUACUUAGAAAAUGGAUCACUGGACAGCCUUCUGAAGCAAGUGCAGCCCUUGCCGUUGUCCCUUCAGUUCCGCAUCCUUCAUGAGGUGGCCCUGGGUAUGAACUACCUCCAUGGACUGCAGCCAACCCUACUUCAUCUGGACCUGAAAACCAGCAAUGUCCUCUUGGAUGAAAACUUCCAUGUUAGGCUGACUGACUUUGGACUGUCCAAAUGGAAACAGACCUCCACAAUGUCUAGACAGUCGUCUACAUCCUAUGGUGUGGGAGGAACAUUGGCAUACAAACCUCCUGAAGCCCUCACUGAUUUGAACUACAAACCCCAACAGGCAUUUGACAGCUAUAGUUAUGGUAUCUUGAUAUGGUCAGUUAUUACUGGACAGGAGCCAUACAGCAAUGCUGUUGUCCAGUCUCUGGUUGAAGUAUGUGUUGGAAGAGGUCAGCGGCCAGAUAUAACACUUCUACCGAAUAAUAUGCCUCCUGACCUGAAGGAUUUGAUGAUGCAGUGCUGGAGCCAAGAUCCAGAUAAGAGACCCCACUUCAAAGCAUGCAUUAUUGUAACUCGUAAAGUGUUUGAGGUGCUUAAACUGGACGUGAUCAAGGAUGUCCGCAUUGUUCAGGACAAACUGAGAAACAUUCAGGAAGACACAUCACCUGAGGGCCAACAAAAUGAACACGACUCUGGCCUCAGCGGGGAACAGAACUCAGCACCUUUAUCUUUGAAGAGCAGUAUCGCUGCAACUGCAGAGUACAAUGAAGUAAAUGUUGGCACAUCGGCUGCCCAGGAAUCAGAAGCUCAUCAGGAUGUUCCCACUGACCAGCAAGACCCAACUCAGCAAGGCUCAUCAGAAAGCAGAAUCCAAGAACAGAAAGACUCAAAAGAUGGCAGCAUCAGAAAUCAAUUUGAACAGGAGUCUGGUGUCAUUCUUCAGCAGAACCCAGAGUCAUCAUCUUCUGGGAGAAGCAUCAUUUCUACUGAUAGCGAUACUGACUACAGAUAUCCUGCUGGCCAAGAGCAACCCUUUAUUAUGCACUAUUUUCCACAACUUGUGGAACGAUUAUCGAAUAUUGACCCUAUACUGGAUAGUCUGUAUUCAAAGUCAUAUAUCAGCUCAUCUGAGUAUUCUAUUAUAAGAAGCAAAAGAGUGUACCAUGAUAAAGUGCGUGAAACUCUUCUCUUUUUAAAGAACAAAGGAACAGAUGCAAUGAAUCAGUUUUACCUGUUACUUCAAGAAUAUGACCACUUUCUUGUUGAAGACUUACUGAAGGAUCAAGGCUGAAAGGAAUGGCUAUUACAUGGAACAGUAACUGUGAUUUUGCAGUCUAUAUAUUAAAAUGCUGUAUAAACAAAGUUUGAGUUGUCCUUUGAAGGAUAGCAUACAUUUUGUCGACUGCACAACCGGCAUUUUGGGUACUGUUAAUGCUGUUGUUCAAGCUAGAAAGUAUAUAAUCCAGACUUAUAUACUGUUUACACUCUUACUCAAACACUUCCUUCUCUGAAGGAAGUUUUGUGGGUUUAACAAAAAGUAAGAUUUUACACUGCUACAAUUCCUUUCUUCAUUAUGACGUAUUUAUGUUUGACGCAGUUUGCGUUCUCAUUCACCAUUUUAAACGUUUCCUUUCCAGUCUCUUUUCCUUCCUGACUCUCUGAUCUCCUUUUUAUCACCUUAUCUUUUUUUUAAACACCUCCACUGAAUCAUUGCUUGUGACGUAGAGAAAUCCACACUCACAUUGACAUAAUCAUACUAUGUUAACAUAAUAAACAUUAUACUUCACAUAUGCUGCUACGCAUCAUGCAACCCAAGCAACACCACACAAAUUAUUCACUUCCUGCCCCCUUUCCUCAAACAAGGAACAUCUGUAUUAAACCAUCACCCACUGCACAGGCAAUCACACAUCCAUACAACUGAAAACAAACCACACCGACACAAUCCUAGUUGCAAGCAUUCCACAACACUAACCAUAGCCUCUAUUCAUCUCACCGUAUCGCCAAUUCUCCAUUAUCCCUUUAUCGUUCUCUGACAGUUAGCUUCUCCAUUUCGUCUUCAGCUUCCUUCCUUUCAUCUUUUCCCUUACCCAGUCUACUUGGUCUCCAGGCUUGUUGGGUGUCUCUCAGUUCUGUUCAAAUAACGUAAAUAAGAAAUACUAACAUUUUGUACUUUUUUAUAUGUUUUUCUCCAUAAUCAUUAAAUGUACUGCUGUUAGUUAAUAUAAUCUCUGCGUACUUACACGAGUUUCCACAGUGAGCUUUUUAUCAGCCAUCACUUCAUGUUGUUUUUUGUAUACCCAAAGCAUUUUUCAUUGACUUUCAGUAAAAAUUAACUGUGGCUAUUUGGACUGCCAGGUACCAAAACAGAAUAAAAAAAAAUUUCUUUUAAGUGGAUAACUUGUGUGCAGCUACAUUGUGGGACAUUAUCCUUGGGUUAUAAUAAUCUAGAAUACAUAUCACUGUGGGUUAUGGAGAGGAAACCUGUUACUGUGACAUCAGGAACUGUUGGGCAUAAACUUAAACGUUGUGAAAGUUGUACAUUCAUUACAUUAUAGUUAUAUGUCUGUGUAUUCCCCCAUUUAUCUGUAUACUCCCCCUACCUUCCAGAAGGUUGACAGUUUUUUUUUCAUAUCACAGUCUCUUUCCUAUCUUUGUUAACAUCUUGUAUUCAUGUGUAAACAUCAGCACACUAAGUAACUGUGUGCCAUCAUAUUACCAGCCAAGAGCUGCACAUCCAUCACCCCUUUUUCCCAUUUUUUUCACAUGGGAUCGGGGUACCACUUCAGUAGUGACAAUCGUCGAUGUUUAGACCACCUGGUGGCUAGCUCUGUCGUGGUUGUUCUUCCACACCACACACUCACACCCACACUCACACCUAUGGCCAAUUUAAAGUGCCCUAUUCACUUACUG